GGCCUUGCCCUUUCUGACUUGAUCCAGAAAUACUUUGUUUCACCUACACUAUUCCGAGUGAUUCGUCUGGCUCGGAUAGGCCGUGUCCUGAGGUUGAUCCGAGGUGCCAAGGGUAUCCGGACCUUACUCUUUGCCCUCAUGAUGUCUCUUCCUGCCCUCUUCAACAUCGGCCUGCUCCUCUUCCUCGUCAUGUUCAUCUAUUCCAUCUUUGGCAUGUCCAACUUUGCCUAUGUGAAGAAAGAAUCUGGCAUUGAUGACAUUUUCAACUUUGAGACCUUUGGCAACAGCAUCAUUUGCCUUUUCCAGAUCACCACCUCAGCUGGCUGGGAUGGGCUUCUGAACCCCAUCCUUAACAGUGGGCCCCCCGACUGUGAUCCUGAGCUGGAGAACCCAGGCAGCAGUGUCAAGGGCGAUUGUGGCAACCCUUCCAUAGGCAUCUGCUUCUUUUGCAGCUACAUCAUCAUCUCUUUUCUCAUUGUUGUCAACAUGUACAUUGCCAUCAUUCUGGAGAACUUCAGUGUUGCCACUGAGGAGAGCAGUGAGCCUUUGGGAGAGGAUGACUUUGAGAUGUUCUAUGAGACAUGGGAGAAGUUUGACCCAGAUGCCACACAAUUCAUUGCCUACAGUCGCCUCUCUGACUUUGUGGACACCCUGCAAGAACCGCUGAAGAUUGCCAAACCCAACAAGAUCAAACUUAUUACUCUGGAUCUGCCGAUGGUCCCUGGAGACAAGAUUCACUGCUUGGACAUACUCUUUGCCCUAACCAAAGAGGUACUCGGGGACUCGGGUGAGAUGGAUGCCCUCAAGCAGACCAUGGAGGAGAAGUUCAUGGCGGCCAACCCAUCCAAGGUCUCCUACGAACCCAUUACCACUACACUGAAGAGGAAGCACGAGGAGGUAUGUGCUAUAAAAAUCCAGAGAGCUUACCGCCGGCAUCUACUUAAGCGUUCAGUGAAGCAGGCUUCUUAUCUCUACCGGCAUAGCCAGGACAGCAGUGGGUUUGAGGCUCCAGAGAAAGAGGGGCUGAUUGCUGAAGCCAUGAACAAGAUGUAUGGGAACAACAGCUCCCAGGCAGAAGAGGAUAAAGCAACAGGGGAGGCCGGCCCUGCCCUGGGUCUCACACCCAUUGAUGCCCCAGACGCAAGUCCAUCAUCCCCAGAACCACAAGGGCAAGGAGUACGCCCAGGGGUCAAAGAGUCACUUGUCUAACAAGAUGGGAGUAGAUAUUUCCUUCAAUGGGCUCUGCCCCAGGUGGGCUCCCUUGGUGAACCCUGCACUCCAGCCUAUAGGUUUUAGUCGUGUAUUGGAGACCUGCUUUGAGAUGGGGCAAUGCCCAAAUCCACCUUGGUGGAAAAGAUUUGGCCAUUCAGGGGCUCACCCUAGAAUCCAGAGACCUUCCUCCCAAUCUUGCACAGUCCAUGUGAAAUGUGAAUUGUCUACUGCUGGCUGAAAGAGCCAUGAGAACCUCAAGAGUUGGAGUGGGGAGCUUGAGUGUCCAUACAUCUGUCUCUCCUCAUUUUCUCCAAUUAGUCAUCAAGGCCACUCUCUCCCUCUCUCCUGGGGGCUGCUGUCUAUCUCCUUUCUGCCCAGGGACUUUUAAGACCUGAUUGCUUUCUUCAGGCACUUACUCCAUGGCCAGUCACAUACAGCUGAAAGCCCUAGCAAGUUAUACUCAGCCCUCACAACCAAUUCAGCUAUGCUCACAUCUCCAGUGUCUUAAUAUGUCUAUAGCUACCUAGCCUCCUGUCCCCAGAAGAGUUCAGCCACCCACCACCUCUCAGAAGAGGAUGAUGUCUUAAAAUCGAGUCCAUGGGAAGCACCCAUCGUUUUUGGGGCCCAUGCCAGCUCCAAGCAUCUUCUAAAUCUGGCCAGUACCCCCACCAGCCACAGGGCUUCCUGGGGGGAAAAAUGAUUCAUCAGAAAUCUUUUUGGUACUGACACAGUCUCACAAAUGACCUAGACCUUUGGUCCAACAAGUCACUGGGAAUUUGUGGAUCACAGAGACUUUCAUUUGGAGAUCCUGCUGAGACUUUGCCUCCUGGUCCUUAUCCAAACUGGUUAGAUCUCCUUGGGAGCAGAUAUGGAUAAGGAUAUGGUUUUGAAAUUUUAUUUUUCUAUGAAAUGUGGUCUACCAGGUGCCAAGAUCAGCAAAUGUGUUAUAGGCCUCUUGUACAGAUGACAACAUAAACAUGGCUAAAUUGCAAAUUUCUUUGCUGGGGGAGUCUAGAUUGUGUGUGAUGGGGAAGGGGGGAAGUAGAGGGUUCCUGCUAUUGGAGGAAGGGGUUUUGGGAGGGAUACUAUCAGGAGAACAGGCUAAAGCUCGCCCCACUCUAGAGAACUCCAAAGCUCUUUUCUCCUUGAAACAUAGAGAUUGCCUCUUUCUUACUCCCAUUCUUACCUCCACCUCUCUCAUUCUAUCACUGUUUCCCUAAAGAUGAGAGACCCUAGGAAUAGAAAGGAUCAAUCCCAUUUCUAUAAAUGAAGACACUGAAGGUCUAGUAGUAGAACCUUUGAAGCCUCCAAGGGAUCCAUAUGUUCUGGUCCCAAGUGCUAGGAGCCAUACCCUUGAUAAUCUCCAAGGCCUGAGGCCAAAGGUAGACCUCACUGUGGUCUCAGCUAAUCUGCAGAUAGCCACCAGCUUCCUAGAGCUCUGCCCUGGUUGCCCCCCAGGAAAUUAGGAAGAAAGGUCCAAGGCCAGAGAAGGAACCUGAGAGGCUGCUCAGGGAACGAUUUGUUUAAGACACACUUUCCUCUGUAUAUAUGUAUGUUUAUAUGUAAGCAUGUAUGUGUGGGCACAUACAUGGCAGGUUUGUCUGAUGGCUGGGCCUCAUGUUUUUCAGUUUGACUACCAGAUUGUCCUAGGUUCCUCUUCUUCUUCUUCUCGUUUCUGGUGAACAAUUUGACUAAAGUUCAGGAAACCGUAAAACCUUCAAAACAAGAGCACCUUGUAUGUUUGAGAGAGUGUGUGUGUGUAUGAGUGUGCAUGUGCGUACACGUGUAACAAGCAUGAAUUCUCAUUGCUCAUCUCUCUGGCACUGGGUCACUCUCCACUUCUCCGUCUCUGGGUCUCUCAGCAUCUCUAGGCAUCUCUUUGCCAUUCUCUCAUAAUGGUUCUCUAUGACUUUGUCUCCCUUAUCUCUCUUACUCUUUACUUUGGGGUUUCCCUUUAACCCUUUGCAUAUUUUUCAGUCUCUUUCCCAAAUAUUUUUCUGGGUCUUUGUUUCUGUUUCCCUCUGCCUCUCUCUAUCUGUCUCAGUGUCAUCUAUUUUUUUUUCACUGUGUUCAUUCAAACAGUAGGACUUCUCUCUACCCAUCAUCCUGGCCAGCCAGACUCUCCUUCCCUGGGCCCUACGGCUUGACAAUUUCCCUUAAAGCAAUAGAAAAUUCUUUAAUUGGAAGCCUCUCCUAUCAAUCCUCUGAGAUUCAGGUUCUCCUUUCCCUGUCCUGCCCCACCCCACCCUUUCCACACAUAUAUUGGGCAAACCAAGACUGCUGACCAGUAUGAACAGAAGUGUCCUUGAGGCUGGAGCUGCCUUGAAUAGGACGCGUAAUCUGGGUGGGGAUGACGCAGCUGCUCUGAGCCAAGUAAGGAGAAGCCUGUUUUCUUUGUAUGUUUCUUAUAAUAAACCUCAACCCAAACCA